UGUUUUGGUUGACGUACGUCGUAUGUAGUAGCAAAUAGUUCAAUGCAGAUGGUAUUGUCACGCUAUAUCGUCACUGUCGAAAAAUUCUGUAAACGUUGUAACACAAAGGGAUUCACGGGUCAGUUUCAUUGAAUCUCUAAAUCAUAAACACACAAAGGCUAAAAUUCCAUUGUGAUAUUAAUACAAUAACACUAUUGUCUACCAAAUUUCUAACACAUUCGAAUCGACAGAUUCUUUAAUUUCUUUCGUGAUGCGUGUCAAGGCUGUCGGUUUCAAGUAAUUACCUAAAAUUAAAAAUAAAAAUUAGUUUUUUAUACUCAUACCGUUAAAAUAUUAACUCAGUGCCAUAUAAAUUAUGUGCUGUUAUUGGUAAUAACCAUAUGCUAUAUAAGGAAGUGUCUCAUAAUUGUGAAAGAAAAGGAUUCAAUAUGAAAGAUAUUAUUCCUCUGCUGUUGGUCUGUUCAACAACUGUUGUAUUGGCUAACGUAGGAGGUAUCUACAAUAAUGGCUGUCCAAAGGAUACCAGCAUUAAUAAACUUUUACCACAUGAAAACUGUAAUCAGUAUUAUCAAUGUUUCCACGGAGCACUGAUCACUAGAUACUGUCCAUCUGGGCUUCAUUUUAACAUAAAGCGAGAACGAUGUGAUUGGCGCGGCAAUCUAAAAUGCAAAAGUAAAAAGACUAGGAAUGACGAAAGCAAACUACCGGACUCUAGCGAAGAACUAGACAGCAGUAACCCUAACCAUGCAGGAUUAAUUUGCUCUAGCCCUGACUCCAAUGGUGUGUUGGUAGCUCAUGAAAACUGCAACGAAUUUUAUAAAUGUUCUUAUGGUAAACCAGUAGGCCUUAAAUGUGCUCCGGAUCUAUUGUAUAAUCCUUCAAAUGAAAAAUGUGAAUUGUUUCAAAAUGUUGAUUGUAAUGACAGAAUUGUGCCUAUUAAGGAAAAAUAUGUCACGUCAAGAACAAAACCCAAAAUAACCACAUCUGCAACUGAAAUUUGUGCAAAUAGUCCUGAUGGCGUGCUUAUUGUUCAUACAUUUUGUAACAAAUUCUAUAAGUGUACUGGAGGUAAAGCAAUUGCCAUGAGUUGCCCUAGUCAUCUUAUGUAUAAUACUGUCAUACAACACUGUGACUGGCCACGAAAUGUAGAUUGCACAGAUAGAAUGCUCAAUGAAAAUGAUGAUAGUAAUUCAAAAAGCGAGGAAAUUGAUGAUAACGAGAUUCCUGCUAGUGAUGAAGAAAAUGCAGUAGGGGUUUGCGCAAAUGAUAAUUCUGAAGGGGUUGUAGUUUCUCAUGAGAAGUGUAGUCAUUAUUAUAAAUGUAAACGCCAUACUCCUGUUGAUUUUAAUUGCCCAGAUCGUUUGUAUUUCAAUGCAAACAAGAAAAUUUGUGACUGGCCAGAAAACGUUGAUUGUGGUGAAAGAAUUACAUAUGAAAAUGACAACGACGGGGAAGGUUAUACUCCUCGAGCAGAAUUUGGGCAACAUCAAAGUGAACCUGUAAGUGUACGUGCUGUCUGUUCCGCUGAAGGAUCAGAUGAUACUCUGAUUGCACAUGAAUAUUGUAAUCAAUUCUACAAAUGCCGUGAUGGACAACCAAUAACGUUGACAUGUCCAGGUAAUCUUUACUACAAUCCAUCAAAGGAAUUUUGUGAUUGGUCAAGUUUCGUCGAUUGUGGUGAUAGAAUUGUUCCUUACAGUCAAAAUGACCACAUGGGUUUUGCUAAUAGCCCUGUUGAUAAUGCUCUUAAAAAUAACGAUCCUAGUGAUCCUACUGAUGCACCUGCUAUAUGUGCUGCAGAAAAUUCAGAUGGCAUAUUAGUUGCACACGAAAAUUGUAACCAAUUUUAUAAGUGCUACGAAGGUAAACCAACGGCUUUAUUCUGCCAAUUGAAUCUUUUCUACAACCCUAAGAAAGGUUUCUGUGACUGGCAACACAAUGUUAACUGUGGCAAUAGAGCAAUUCCUGGAGAAAAUUCUCUUAGCGACGAUGAGAAUAACUUUAGUGAAUUAUGUGCGGGUUUCAACGAAGGCAAAAUAUUACCACAUGAAAACUGUAGUCAGUUUUAUAAAUGUAUGAAUGGUCAACUAUUUCCUAUGGAUUGUCCACCAGGCUUGUAUUUUAACUCUAUGCUUAAGGUUUGUGAUUGGCCAAUGAACGUUGAUUGUGGAGAACGUUUAACAGAAUCACAAGCUCGAAACACACAUGGUAUAAUACGAAGAGCACAUGGUGUCGUAGUACUGAGUUAAUUUCUAGUCUUAAUUUAUCGUGCAGAUUAUGAAUAUCCUCUCUUAUGGAGAGGAGGCAUAUAGUUCAGUAGUCUGUGAGGCGCUGUUGAUGAGAUGUGAUAAAACACAAAUAGCAUUUAAACUUUUAAAGCCGCUAAUGCCAUUUAGACAACAUGAUUUCUCCUGUGGUUCAUUGUCUUUUCCAGCUUUUGAGUUUGCUAAUUUCUUGUUAUUAUGUAAAUUUAUUAACAAUGAUGUAUUUUUUUUAACAACAUCGACACAGUGUUUUCUUGUAAAAUGUUUAUUACAUUUUACUGUUUAAGUUCUUUAAUGUAAUUUAUUAAUUAAGAAUGAAUAACUGCCAAAUAUAAUUUUUAGAGUA